AGCCCAGCCCAGCUAUAGCAUGAAAGGAAAACCCAAACCCUAGCUAGGGUUUUGUUUGGUGGGAUAUAAAGGCGAGAGACUGUCUCUGCCCUAUAUUUCUUUGGUCCCUGCAAGGAGGAGGAGAGGUUUCAUUCAUCUGAAUCGUAAACACCAAUCGUAAUGGCUCCUAAACAGCCUAAUACGGGGCUUUUUGUGGGUUUGAACAAAGGACAUGUUGUGACCAAGAAGGAAUUAGCUCCAAGGCCUUCUGACCGCAAAGGAAAAACCAGUAAGAGGGUACAUUUUGUCAGAAACUUGAUUAGGGAAGUUGCUGGAUUUGCACCAUAUGAGAAGAGGAUUACUGAGCUUUUGAAAGUUGGUAAGGACAAGCGUGCUUUGAAAGUAGCAAAGAGGAAGCUCGGAACCCACAAGAGGGCGAAGAAGAAGCGUGAGGAGAUGUCCAAUGUUCUCCGCAAGAUGAGAUCUGGUGGAGCUACUGAGAAGAAGAAAUGAUAAUUCUUUUUCAAGUUGUAUUUGGGUUAGCCUUAGAAUCCAAGUUCCUUUGAGAUUUUGAUCUGAGACAAGACUUCAUUUAAAAUAUUUGUUUGUUAAAGCGACAUUAAUUCUGGAAAUUAUGAAAUUCGGCCUUUAUUUCUGGUUUUA